AUGCUGGAGCAGGAAAAUCCUGGAAGCAAAACGAAUGUGCAACUAGAUGCUUUGCACAGGUUUGAGUAUCUGUUUGUUGCUUUGGGAGCGAGCAUUGAAGGGUUUCAAUGGAUGAGAAAAGUGAUAGUUGUGGAUGCAACGUUUCUGAAGACUGUAUAUGGUGGACAGCUUGUGUUUGCCACUGCUCAAGAUCCUAAUCAUCACCAUUACCCUAUUGCCUUUGGGAUAAUUGAUAGCGAAAAUCAUAGUAGUUGGCCAUGGUUCCUGGAAAACCUGAAAGCUGUUGUACCAGAUGAUCCUGAACUCGUUUUUGUUAGUGACAGACAUAAAAGCAUCAUAUAUGGAGUCUCGAAGGUCUAUCCAUUGGCUCGCCAUGUACACUGUAUUUGGCAUCUGGCUCAGAACGUAAAAGGGCAUGCUCAGCAAGGUGUUAAGAAAGACGAUGUUGUUGAUAAGUUCAUCAAAUGCGCUCAUGCUUAUACUGGGUCUGAGUUUAAAAAGGAGUUUGAUGAGUUCAGGAAGCUGUAUCCUGCGUGUGCUAAGUUUUUGGUUGACAAGAUAGAUGUGGAAAGGUGGGCAAGGUGCAUUUUUGAAGGAGAAAAGUAUAACUUAGACACCAGCAAUUCUUGCGAAUCUAUGAAUAGUGUGUUUAGGAAAGACAGAAAGUUGUCUCUCUUACCAAUGCUUGAUAAGAUAAUAGAGAAAUUCGCUUUUUGGUCCAACAAGUAUAGGAACGAAUGCGCUUCAAUGCCAAGUACAAAGGUCGUUGUGCCUUUUGUGGAGAAUGUUCUUCACGAAAGAUGUCCAAUAGCUAAGCGUUUAACGGUCAGGGAGGUAAAUGGUCAGGAAUUUCUGUUCGACGUAUUUGGUUCAGAUGGUGUGGUAUAUCUUGUGGAUUUGGCGAGCAAAACUUGCGUGUGUAGAAUGUUUGACAUUGACAAGUACCCGUGUGUCCAUGCAAUUGCCGCACUCAUGGCAAAGAUAAAGAAGGAUGGAAGAAUGUCGACUCUUUCUGUAUAUGAUUUGUGCUCCAGAUACUAUUUGGUUGAGACAUGGGCACGAGCAUAUGUGAAAACGAUCUAUACAGUGCCCCAUAUCUCAACUUGGGCAAUCCCGGAGGAUGUUCUGAAAUUGUUCGCUUAUCCUCCUGAUUACACAGCAAAAAGAGGAAGAAACCAAGAAGAACGACAUCCAUCAGAAGGAGAAAGUCGUAAAAAGAAGAAGAAGAAAACGAGUAACAAGUGUAAGCCUCAUCAGGAUUUGGGUGUUUUUUUUUAA